CGAGCCCGGCGCCGGAGCGGACCUCGGGGCCCAGGAGGUGGGAAGGGGCCGUCACGGUGCGCGGGGGAUCCCGGUGCCGCCUCUUGGCCGGGGCUUGCCCUGUCAUUUGGAAAUGACGGCCGAGCGGGAGCAACGCCUGCGUGCGGCAGUCACUCGCGGAGUGAGCGAGCCGCUUGCGUGACACGGCCGUGAGGAAGGUGCGUGUGAUCGCAGGCCGCGUCAGCGCGGUGCUUCCAGCAGACAGGAAGGUGAACGCCGUGUGUACCAGAAAGCGCCGGCGGGGUCACAGCCGAAACGCGGCAUCCGUGCUGGAACUGUCCGAGCGGGGAGGCGGGCGGAACCGGGAGGCGGAAGGCAGGUCUGACAGGAGGAGGCUGGAGGAGCUUGGCUUUUUUUGGCCUGGAACGGAGGAGCUGAGAAUGCAGGGUCACCGGCUAUAAAUACAGCAGCAGUGUAAACAGCGUGGGGGUGGAAGAGGAACAGCCCUUUAAACAAAAGAGCUGUGGGCAUGGGAAUAGGGGAAGGUAAAUCCAUAGAAUGGAGAUUAUCGUUAGAACAGCGGUUUGGGGUAAGGCUGUUUAGUGGGGAUAAGGAUAAGGGUGAUGGGCACUGUGUGUGCGUGGACCUGGCAGAAGGUUGGGGGCUGCUUCCAGUUGUUGGAGAUUGGCCGGGUGGGCCAGUGAAUGCACUUUGGUCUUGGGACCAGGGGCUGGAGGACAUGAUGCCCCGUUCUGAGCUGUUGUCCUUUGCUUUUGGGCUUCUCCUCCACCUGCUAGAAAAAGCCGUGGUGCACCGGGCGAAGGCUGUAAACAAGAACUGAAGGGCUUCAACUCGCUCGAUGACCUUCUCCACGUCAAAGGCAUCACCACCCGCAUCUUGGAGCUGAACAGUCAGCGGAUGACUUGCAGAAGGCGACCAAGCAGUGAGGAAGCUGUCAGGGUGAGCCCUGCUCUGCUGGGGGACAGCAAAGCUCCCGUGCCUCAGGUGGUGGCUGAGGAGGAAGAUGUGUCAGGGCCCUGGGAGCUGGAGUGUGCUGGGAAGAGGAACCUGGGGCCCGGGCUGGAGGCCAAUGGCUCCCAGGGGCAGGAGGAGCAGGAGCCAGUCAGCUCCACGGCCUGCGGAGAGCCAGAGGAGGAGGAGGAGACAGAAGAGGAAGAAGGGAGCUGCUGCAGUGAGGAAGGGGAAGAUGGCAGUAACAUCUAUUUCUACUACACCAUUGGCGAGCGCUGGAUAGACUAUCUGCAGCGGACGGAGGACAGCGGCUUUCUCCGCCACGUGCGGCCCAAGAUGAAGCGGAAGUCAGAGAACGGCCUGGAUGGCAGGGCACUGUCCCCCGGUAAAAAGCUGUGCAAGGGCUCAGAGUACAGCAGGACACUGGGUCCUUGCACGCCCAGUCCCACCACCACCUUUGGGGACCUGCGCAACGCUAAAGCUGGCCAGGCCCGGCGCCGCCGCAUCCCCUCUGUUGCUCCUCCGCCCGAGCUGCAGGACUGGCUGCGCACCUUCCAGCGGUGGAGCGGCCCAGAGAAGCUGCUGGCUCUGGAUGAGCUCAUUGAUCGCUGCGAGCCCUCCCAGAUCAAGUACAUGAUGCAGGUCAUUGAACCACAGUUCCAGAGAGACUUCAUUUCACUGCUGCCCAAGGAGCUGGCACUCUAUGUCCUCUCAUUCCUGGAGCCUCGGGACCUGCUCCGCGCUGCCCAGACCUGCCGCUACUGGAGGGUCUUGGCUGAAGAUAACCUGCUUUGGAGGGAGAAAUGCCGUGAAGAAGGCAUUGAGGAGCCCUUGAACCUGCGUAAACGGCGCCUGCUGAGCCCUGGAUUCAUGUACAGCCCCUGGAAAUUUGCCUUUAUGCGGCAGCACAAAAUUGACAUGAAUUGGCGCAGCGGCGAGCUUAAAGCCCCCAAGGUGCUGAAGGGACAUGAUGACCACGUCAUCACCUGCCUGCAGUUCUGUGGCAACCGGAUAGUGAGCGGCUCAGAUGACAACACGCUCAAAGUGUGGUCGGCCGUCACCGGAGAGUGUGUGCAGACUCUAGUUGGCCACACAGGAGGUGUCUGGUCCUCCCAGAUGAGGGACAGCAUUGUCAUCAGCGGCUCUACGGACCGAACACUCAAAGUGUGGAACGCAGACACAGGCGAAUGCGUGCACACGCUGUAUGGGCACACAUCCACAGUGCGCUGCAUGCACUUGCACGGGAACAGGGUUGUGAGUGGCUCACGGGAUGCCACUCUGCGCCUCUGGGACAUCGAGACCGGGCAGUGUCUACACGUGUUGAUGGGGCACGUGGCCGCCGUGCGCUGUGUGCAGUAUGAUGGGCACAAGGUGGUGAGCGGUGCGUACGACUACACAGUGAAAGUGUGGGACCCUGAGAGUGAGAGCUGCACUCACACGCUGCAGGGACACACGAACCGCGUCUACUCAUUGCAGUUUGACGGGACGCACAUCGUGAGCGGCUCUCUGGACACGUCAAUUCGAGUGUGGGAUGUAGAAAGUGGGAACUGCUUACACACCCUCAUGGGGCACCAGUCGCUUACAAGCGGCAUGGAGCUACGUGACAACAUCCUUGUGUCCGGCAACGCUGACUCCACCGUAAAGAUCUGGGACAUCAAGACGGGCCAGUGCCUGCAAACGCUGCAGGGGCCGAGCAAGCACCAGAGCGCUGUGACCUGCCUGCAGUUCAGCUCCAAGUUCGUGGUGACCAGCUCGGACGAUGGUACUGUCAAGCUCUGGGACCUCAAGACGGGCGAAUUUGUGCGCAACCUGGUGGCACUGGAGAGCGGGGGCAGCGGGGGCGUGGUGUGGCGCAUCCGUGCCUCCAACACCAAGCUGGUGUGCGCGGUGGGCAGCCGCAACGGGACAGAGGAGACCAAGCUGCUAGUGCUGGACUUUGAUGUGGACCUGAAAUGA